CCACGUGGGAAGGGGCGGAUUCGUUUCUCCUUCAGUCAUCCUGGCUGCUGGGCUGCUUCUUCCUGGAGGAGGGAAGCUUUCCCUACUUGGCUGCAUCAGAUUGGGUCUGCAGAGGGGGGCCAAGGGCCUCUUUGGUCUCUCCUGCAACACUCAUGGAGCCCCCGGCAUUGGAAGAGGCCAGUCCGGUAUCUGCUGAUGCCAGAACGCACUUCAAAGUCUGCCGAUUCAUUAUGGAGGCAGGUGUGAAGCUGGGCUUGCGCUCCAUUCCCAUUGCCACAGCUUGUACUAUAUAUCACCGGUUCUUUACUGAAGUGCCUCUGGAGCCAUAUGAUCCUUACCUGGUUGCCAUGGCUGCCCUCUACCUGGCCGGGAAGGUAGAAGAGCAGCACCUACGAACAAGAGACAUUAUCAAUGUGAGCCACAGGUACCUGCACCCCCGGAGUGAGCCCCUUGAGCUGGACACCCAUUUCUGGGAGCUGAGGGACAGCAUUGUCCAGUGCGAGAUGCUCAUGCUACGGAUGCUCUGCUUCCGUGUCUCCUUCCAGCAACCCCAUAAGUACCUUCUCCACUACUUACUCUCCCUGAAGCACUGGAUGAACCGGCACAGUUGGGACCGGACUCCGGUGGCAGUGGCAGCGUGGGCCCUUUUGCGGGACAGCUAUCACGGGCCCUUGUGCCUCCAGCAUGCUCCCCAGCACAUUGCUGUCACUGUCCUUUACCUCGCUUUGCAGUGUUAUGGGGUUGAAGUCCCAGCUGAAGGUGAAGCUGAGCGGCCUUGGUGGCAGGUGUUCAGCGAAGAUCUCUCCAAGAGCAUCAUUGAUCAGAUUGUCUUGGAUUUAAUCAAGAUCUAUACUUUGGAUGCCGAGAUUGCCUAGGCGCACAAAAAAGAGAAAGCCAAGUGGCUCAGUGUUCCCAGCUGAACUGAUGACUUCAAUCUGGGGUUGAGAUGCUAACAAGAACACUCCACAACUGAAGAAACUGGAACCAGAUCAGUAUCUUGCAUCCCUUUGAGCUGUCCAACUGAUAAGGAUCAGGUUUGGAUUAGCGCCUAUGCCUUGGUGAAGGUGGGGCAUUCCUGGUUUGUACUGCCUCAAAUCAGUUCCGAUCCUUAGUCCAUUUACAACCUCCUUUUGCAGCCAAGAGUAAACUUCUUGUCUAGCUACUUGUAAUAAAGGAUUCAGAAUUGGAGGAUGCAGGAAAUAAGGACAGUAGCCCUGUUUGCAUCUGCUGACUCACACUUGUUACAGGGGAAAUGUGCUGCCAGAUUAUUUCCCCCACUUCUGUUUCCUGGACUAUCCCCGAAAGCCUCAGCACAGCCCUUGCUUUUCUGGUCUUGAUGCUGCUGUGAGUGUGACACAGUGUGUGGACUGUAGUAAAUCCUGGAGGAGCUUUCAAGGCACAGAUCAAGACCACUGAUAAUAUUUCUUUACUAAAUAUUGGAGUGUUGGAGUGCUGUUUCUUCUUCUUAAAUGUUUUCUGACUCCAGUGAUGUGGCACGAUCAGAGAAGUAUCAAGGUGAAUAGAUAUAAUUCCUGAACUCCUACCUCUUUCAUACCUAUGAAGAGUUGGUGGUAUGUGUGUCAGUCUGUCUGUGUGUUUCUAUCCCCAUCUGUUUGCCUGUUUGUUCUGUGGAGUCAAAGACUUAGUCAGGUAGCUUUUCGGCCCUCCAGAUACUGUUGAAAAACAUCUCCCAUCAUCCUUGCCAGCAACUCAUGGGAGUUGCAUUUGGAGAGCACAGAUUUCCUGUGCUGGAUUGA